AUGCCUAGAGGAAGGAAACCAAAAAGACCAUCUUCACCAUCACGUGCUACUGCUAGCAGUAACGGCAGUACACCAGAGCUUAGUCAACCAUUAUUUCAAAGGGAUAAAAAUGACCGAUUGGAAGAGGAAAUGAGUCCUGUCGACUCACAACCUGUUGUUUCUUCUUCGAAAAGUAACACACCAAGCAAGAGCAACAAUACUCCAAGUAAGAAUAGUAAUACACCAAAGAAAUCACCACGUACAGAAACAACAUUACAAACACAAGCUGCUGAUGAUGAUCAACAAAUCGUUCCGGACUCUGAGGAUGAAGAAGCAAGAGAAUAUCUCAAGAGACCACAAGAAGAAGAUUCUGCAGAUGAUAAUCAAGGCACUCCAAAGAAGAAAAAAACCUACAUUUCAACUCCAUCUUCCUACAGAAUUCCAUCAAGAGAAGGUGAUGAAACUUCGGAGAGGAUUGUAACACCACCAAGUGAUAGAAAGAGAGCCAAAAAUUUCACUGAAGAGGAGGAUCGAAGAAUUUUCCGUCUUGUGAAUGAUAUUUACGAUGGCCAAAUUCCAUCAGUAGUCGACAAGGCAGUAUUUACAAUGUUGUCAAAUAUUUUACAGGAAAGACAAGGACAAAGUUCUGGAAUCAGUAGACGUUUCUACAGAACUGCUAAAUUUGAAUUUACACCAAAAGAUAUUGAGGAUCAUGACGAGGAGGAUAAUGACUUCUUUAGACCAUACCAAGAUUUUAUCUUUGAAUUGAAAGAAAAGAUUGCCAAGGAAGUGGAGGAAGCAGAAUCAAAAAGGAGAUCAAAACAACUAGGAGAAUUGGAGAGAAUCGAAGAACCUGAACCACCAAAAGCUGCCACCCCUAAGAAAGGUUCGACACCAAAAAAGUCAUCAACACCUAAGAAAUCAACACCAGGCAAUGAAGGCUCUUCAUCAGCUACACCAGAUGAUGAAGAAACUACAAAAGCUCAAAAAUUAGUUACAGACCUUAAAUAUAUUUCUUCUAAGCCAACCGAAUAUGUCACUCAUUCACUCUAUGCUUGUAGUGGUAAUGCCAAACUGGCUGCUCGUUUAUUAGAUGAUAAUGUAAUCUUGUCAGAGGAUGAUAAGAGAAAUAUUUGGACUCAAAAGGAGGAUAACAUUUUGCUAAUGAAGAUUGGUGGAAAGGAACUCCAAACUCUUGUUGAAUACAAAGGUAGACACCUUGUUGAAGCAAGAAUUGCAUGGUUAGAAGUUCAGGAUUAUGAACAUUAGGUUCAAUUGAUAUUUUCAUUUGAUUGUAAAUAUUGUAAGAGUUCAGCAGACAUUUCCUGCCUGUGACUAGAAUAUCUUUUAUCCAAUGUUCUAUACUUUUUCAAUUGAAUUAGUGCCUCCACCUCUUUGUAAACAUAAUUUCCUCUAGCCAAUGCUUGUUCAAUUUCCGAAUCACUUUUUCCAAUAUUGGCUUUAAAUGCUCGUUUUACUCUUUCCUUGAGAAGAGAAACACUUUGCUCUCCUGGAUACAGUGGUAAAAUAGUAAUAAAUCUUUUGUAUCUAUU